GCGCACGGCACUUGGAAGUUGACAGUCUCAAGAUAUCAAGAUUGUAUAUGUACCAUCAUCGAACUGUUCGUCUAAUCUAGUUUCGGUUCAAUAUCUCCUCCGUAACGAGUGCUUCCUCCAUCAUGGACUACUUGGAGAUGCAGGCCCUUCACCUACCGAAUCUCAGUCCAUUGGCCGUCAAUGCUGCCAGCAGUAUUUUUGGUUUCCUAUCGCUUUUCCUUUGCUACAAAGCCUUAGUGGCAAGAACAUUGCCUUCGCCAUCACGGACCUUUAAGAAACUUGCCAGCCCAUUCGUCAAGCGUUACAAUGCCUGGGCGUAUCUCUUCUGGGGUCCUGAGAUAAUUCAAAAAGCCUUUGACGAGGCUAACGGAAAGCCAUUCGAGCUCCUUGCUCCCGACAACCGUUAUGUCUUCGUUUCCGACCCUCAACAGAUCAAAGAGAUCGACGGCGCACCCGAUACUGUUUUGUCGCUUCAAGCGGCAUCCAAGCAGAUGCUGCAGCCUGUAUACACUAUGCAUGGAUUCAAUUGGUUUGACCGCCGCGGUACAGAGGGUGUCGGUUUCAUCCGAGCUCUUCGAACGCUUUUGACCAACAACCUUCCCAAAAUUCUCCCAGAUCUUACUUGCAUCAUCCGAACCAGAUUCCAAGAGCUGCAUGCUGGUCAUCCAUUUGUCAAUGGAAAGAAGCAGUCGGACGUGUAUCACAUGACGGUCAAACUAGUCGUGCUCUCCAAUGCCGUUUCCUUCUUCGGCAAAGAUCUAGCAAAAGACGAGCAGUUCAUGACCUCAGCGCUCGCUUACAUUGAGGAAACUCUGAUCUGCGCCGAGAUCGUUCGUUUGCUUCCCAAAUUCAUGACGCCUAUCGUCGGUGGCAUUAUUGCCCGCACUCUCAAGUCUCAUGGCGUCAUUUUCAACAGACUUCUGCCCAUCGCUGAGCAACGAUGCAUUGAGCGAGACGCAGCCAAGCUAGGUCAGAAGGUUCCCCAACAUCCCGAUUGCAUCCAAUGGAUCAUGGAGACCUCGCCCAAGAAUGCUCCAUGGACCCCACAGCGCGUUGUUCACGAACUGAUGGCCAUCUGGUUUGGCUCUGUCCAUGCUGUCUCCACGACCGUCACAUUUGCCAUUCAUGACCUGUGCCUACACCCCGAAUACGUUGCGCCCCUUAGGAAAGAGUGCGAGGCUCAAUACGUUGCUUUCGAGCAAGCUGGCACCGGGCUUCCGCUCCUCGAUAGCUUCAUCAAAGAGUCUGCGCGCUUGACACCAGUAGAGUCCCAGAGCACUCGCCGUUCAGCGCUGAAGCCUUUCUCUCUCAAAGACGGCACACACGUCAAUGUUGGUGACUGGUUCUGCACACCCGUUCGAGCCAUCAUGACCAACCCCGUCGAUUUCCCCGAAGCAACUACAUUCAGUGGUUUCCGUUUCGCCGACCCAGAGCUAGUCAAGAGCCUUGAGAAUGACGAUGCUUUCAGUGUCAUGCAAAAGAAGCCUACCAAGUUGACUGAUGUUGACAUGACCUACCAUGUUUGGGGAACAGGAAGGAUGGCAUGCCCUGGAAGAUUCUAUGCUUCAGCUGUCAUGAAGGUGAUUUUGGGUCAAGUCAUCCUCAACUAUGAUUGCGAGCUUGUGGACCCGACAGCGAGGCGCUUGUUCACUUGGAGGUCAACUAUCUUGCCCAAACCCAGCGCCAAGGUUGUGUUUACACCGGUUGAACGUGCGAAUUGAGAUGAUGAACAAGGUGGUUGUUGGGAUGACGAUAGACGAACAUGGCGAAUCAUGAUUAUGCAACUUCUCUAUUUAUGAAUAUAUGACAAUGCAACAC